AUGGACAACAAAUCUGAAGCAAAUCAACCAAAGAUACGUAUCAAAAAGCCAGGUAUUAUUUCCAUCCUACUUGGCGCGAUCUUGGCUAUGUCCAUCAUGAUUAUCAUGGUGAUUGAGGUAGAUGGUCGAAGCAAGAUGAUAAAAUCCCCUGAACAAUGGUACGAGUUAAUGAAGAAGCAUCCAUAUGAACGUAAAGAAACGGAUUUACGUUCUCCAUGUCCUAUGCUCAAUACACUGGCUAACCAUGGAUUCCUUCCCCGCGAUGGGCGUAAGAUGACACCAAAGGAGUUAUACGAAGCAAUGAUGCUCGUAGGACUUCAUCCGUCAAGCUCAGUCGCAUUUUUACUCUUCUUAUACAUUACGUAUAAUCCACCUAAUCCAAACCGACCAUUUCUCUCUCAGUUCACGCCUGCACCCUCCAUUGACUUCCACAGGCUGACGUUGAGUAACCUGCUCGAACACGAUGUCUCACUGAGUCGACACGAUCUUUCUUUGCCUCCCUUUAAUACGACUGUUCCUGUUCCUGAAUACGUUGAACGCAUGGUUCGCCUGGCCAAAUUUAACAACACCGGUACAGAACACGAAGAUAUUUUUACUCGGAAGAAUCAAUAUGACGCAAGAAGGUUAAGAUGGCUGGAAACUGUUAGAGAUAACGAUGCCUAUUUUUAUGGCUUAUUCCCACAGCUUGCUUCCGGAGUUGAAUGUAGUUUGUUGAUGGACGUCAUAGGCCGAAACGGUCAGUUACGUGUAGAUCAUCUUGAAUCCAUUUUGUUACAUGAACGAUUCCCCGAUGACUGGUAUCCUCGUACGUCUCCAUAUACCAUAAGGGAGCUUGUUUUCAAGCCACUUGAAUGUUGGUGGGGUCUUUAUCAUAGUCAAGUGUCGUUAAGUUUGUUAGAUGAAUUAAAAUAA